UUUUCUCAUGUUCCAGGUGUUGCUGUUUGAUUCCUUCCGGUCUCCGUACAGGAAUUUCAACUGCAUGACGACAUUUAUCCUGCUAACAAAGUUAGGCUACUGCAAAACAGAGCUGUGAUAUUAACCUUCCUUGGAAAAUGUGACGGGAUUUAGCGGACAAUUUCCCUAGAACUGGAUUUUAAGAUUUUUGGAUGCGUAGAAUGAAAACACCCCAUUGUAACUCAUGCUGGAUCACGAUGAGAACUUUCUGAGAAGAAAAAAAAUCGACGACACACAGAAAUUAGCUAUAUGGAGGAACUGGAAGGUACACAUGGAUGCCACUGUGCGGGUUGUGGAGGAGAGAUUCAAGAUGCAUUCAAUGUGAAGGUUCUGCAAGGAACUUGGCACAAUACCUGUUUUCAGUGCUCGGAGUGCUGUGACCACCUGACCAACUGGUACUAUGAGAAGAAUGGCAAACUGUACUGCCGUAAACACUACUGGGAGAAGUUUGGGGAGCUGUGUCACGGCUGUUCUCUGCUCAUGAUUGGACCUGCCAUGGUGGCUGGAGAAUACAAGUAUCACCCAGAAUGCUUUGUAUGUCUGAGCUGCAAGGUGGUCAUCGAGGACAGAGACACGUACGCCUUGGUUGAGCGAUCCAAGCUGUACUGUGGGAAGUGCUAUAAGCAGGUAGUCCUGGCGCCCGUGUUGGAGAAGCGUUCGGCCGACUCGGCCCUGGACUCUCUGCCCCACACGGUCACCCUCAUCUCCAUGCCCUCUGCCACCAACAGCAAGAGGGGCUUCUCUGUCUCUGUCCUAAGAGACGUUGCCAGCGGCUCCGCUAGCGUUCAAGUCAAAGAGGUCAGAGGAAUGCAUAUCAGCCCGGAAGUUCGGAAUGCCAUCCAUGUUGGUGACCGGAUCCUGGAGAUCAAUGGUCUUCCAGUGGGGACACUGAUGGAGGAAGAGGUGGAGGACCUCAUUCACCGGACCAGUCAGACGCUGCAUCUGCUCAUAGAGUAUGAUCCAGUCAGGCAGCGGUUGGAAAGGCUCAGACUUGGGUCCUCGCACAACCGCUUGGGGGUCCCCGCCACCUCCCGCAUGCGCCUGUCUUCGCCCUCUGACAGUGUCCUGGAGAGGACAGAUCUGGUGGAUGAUGCCACCCUAAAGAGGAGGUCUUUAAGGCGUAGCAACAGCAUCUGUAAGUCCCCUGGGCCAGCCUCCCCUAAGGAACACCCUAUCUUGACCCGGGACAUCGGGCGCUCUGAAUCCCUGCGCUCCUCCAGCAGCUGCUCUCAUCGCAUAUUCCGCCCCUGUGACCUCAUCCAUGGAGAGGUGCUGGGCAAGGGCUUCUUUGGUCAGGCUAUCAAGGUGACCCACAAAGCCACUGGUGAGGUGAUGGUGAUGAAGGAGCUGAUUCGCUGUGAUGAGGAGACCCAGAAGACCUUUCUAAAGGAGGUCAAAGUGAUGAGGAGCCUGGAACAUCCCCACGUGUUGAAGUUCAUUGGCGUGCUAUAUAAGGACAAGAGGCUGAAUUUAAUAACCGAGUUUAUCGAGGGAGGCACACUAAAGGAUUUCAUUAGAGACAUGGACCAGUUUCCAUGGGAGCAGAGGGUCAGCUUCGCUAAAGGUAUUGCUUCUGGAAUGGCCUACUUGCAUUCAAUGAGCAUCAUCCAUAGAGAUCUUAACUCUCACAACUGCCUGGUGAAACUGGACAACACAGUGGUGGUGGCAGACUUCGGCCUAUCCCGGCUCAUGGUGGAGGAGAAGGUCAAGCACCCUCCCCCUGAGAAACUGGCCAAUAAGAAGAGGGUGUUCAGGCGCAUUGACCGUAAGAAGCGCUACACAGUGGUGGGGAACCCCUACUGGAUGGCUCCAGAGAUGCUGAACGGUAAACGCUAUGAUGAAAAGGUGGACAUUUUCUCCUUUGGAAUUGUGCUUUGUGAGAUUAUUGGGCAGGUGAAUGCCGACCCAGAGUGCCUUCCAAGGACCUAUGACUUUGGCCUCAAUGUAGACAAGUUCAUGGAGAAGUUCCUCCCUGCUGACUGCCCACAAGCUUUCUUUGCAUUGGCUGUGGCUUGUUGUGACCUCAUCCCCGAAAACCGGCCUGCCUCCCAGAAGCUGGAGGACUGUUUCGAAGCCCUGUACCUCAACCAGGAGAUGGGCAUCCCUCUGCCAGCCGAACUGGAAGAGCUGCACCAGAGACUGUGUCGACUCCACCCCCCCAAAGACAGCUCCUCUUCGUCCCAGUCCACACCCCCAACGCCAGCCCCUGCUGAGGAUCCCAGCCUGGCUGACCACAGCACCUAGCCCACCUUCCAGGACCACCGUCUGGACUGCUGCACUGGAUGAGGAGUGGGGAAGACGGACCUAACUCGUGCCAUCUGGGAACUGGAUACCCUGAGCUAGCUGGACAAAAAACCCAAACACCAGGACAUGCAGGGUACACAUCUAUUUUUACCAUACUACCAGAACAUGUUAUGUGGUUCACUGUCUCUAUACAAGGAGGAAUCAUAUUGAGAGUAAUCUCUCCACAGCAUUUAAUAUCAAUCCCCACAUGUAAGCUGUUGUGUUUUUCACUGGGUUGUUUUUUGGUGUUGGUCUGAAGUUGAAGUUUGCUGAGUGUGGAAUGUAGAGAUGAGACCCAGCCCAUGAGAAGACUCCUUCAGCAGGCAGGCAGCAGCAGAGAAAACAGAGAUGUGUGACAGAUUGGCUUGAUUGAUGACUGGCUCAGAGUUAACGCAAGGCAGGGCGUUUGGAGUGAAGUUUGUUAACCAUCAGGAGGACACGUCAAAGGACGAAACGAACACUCUCUCUGAGGAGGCCAAGUCACAUCAGUCAGAGAAAUAUGUGGAGCUGUGUCAAAUGAAUGUUUGAGCUCACCGACCAGAAAAAUAGUUGUCGAACAGUGCUUCACCUUGAGGUGUGACUCUCUGAGGUCCUUGAUCUUAGAGGGAACUUUCAAGCUUCACUGAUGGGAUCAGAUCCACUCUACAACCGUUAAGUGUAAUCAUGUGCACUCAUCCUUUAGUCUUAAGGCGUCCGCAUGCUUUCCAGCCAAAACAUUUCGGAAGAGUUUGUGCAUAUAUAUUAUGUCAUUUUGUGACGUUUUUGUUUUGCACUUUGAGGGUUUUUUCAGGUGUUCGGAUGUGAUUGGUCAAAUGUAGGGAUUCUUCAAUAGUCUUUGUUGUCAUUCAACGAGAGACGACGCGUUUUCAUGCACAUUUUGUCAUUAAGAAAUACAGCUCCAAACAUCUUAGUUAGAUGUUAAAUUGUGCAACUAAGAUCUCCUAAGCAAAAACAUCAAAAUUAAUGACAGAUUUCUUGAGUUACCUUAGAUUCAUUCUGACUAUUUUGAUGAAGUGUAUACUGGCUACGGCAUCUCAAAAUGGACAAGCGGUACUAUUGCUGCUUUUUUCUUGUUUUUCAAGCGAAGGUCUUUUAAGGGAGUAUGCCAGCACACUUAUUCGGUUCGCCUAGCCGACUUCGACUAGCCACCAGCCAAGCUAAAGCAUGCUGAUGCCGUUGUCAGUGGAGGGUUUAUGGGGCAUCUACUGACUUCAAGUUACUGUAAAGGGUAGUAAUGGUAGUGUAUAGAUUUUCUUACCAUUAACUAAAUGUUUUCAUUCCACUUUAUUAACUACAUAUGACUUUGUUUAUCUGUUCAUGUGCAGUCAUGGACAGAUUUUAAUUGAAUUGUGAUUUUGGGAUUUUUAGAGCUAUUGACUGAUUUGGCGUUUAUAGAAUGAAAUGAAUAGUGUUUUCACAUGUAGCUAAGCUAGCACACUUUCAGAAUCAGACCGGUACCUGGUGCUUGUUAUUAAAGGUCCAAUGCAGCCGUUUCUAUAUCAAAUCAUUUCUGGGUAACAAUGAAAUACCUUACAGUAAUAUAAUUCCAUUAAAAUGGGCAAAAAUGGCUUUUUAGCAAAACUAUUUCUCAAGCAAGAAUUUUACUAGAACUUUCUGGGAGUGGUCUGAGUGGGGAUAGAAACUAGCUGUUAUUGGCAGAGGUUUGGAACUCAUUUAACCAAUUUACUGCAUGACGUCACCAUGGAAAGCUGAAACUCUCACCCAUGCAAACCUGCUGAUUAGAAGGUUCUGUGUAGAUUGUGUUUUCAACCAGCAACUAUCAGGAAAUAAUAUUGAUCAAAUUUUUUCACACUUACUGUGUUCAUUUCAGCAGCUAUAGGACAAUUAUUUAAAACACAGGAAAAACAGAAUUUGGACUGCACUUGGCUUUAAUGACUACUCAACACAGCUCUGUAUGUGCUUCAGAAUCUCAGCUGCUGAUUAGACACUGAACAUGUGUAGUAAAUGGAGCUCUGCUCUCAAAGGCAUUGUACAACUUACUAAAAAGUGACUUGUAUAAAUAAAAAAACUGGAUUUAUUGGUUUUUGUGAUGUUUGCUGUAAGAAAUGUAUAUAUGAAUCUAUCUGAGAAUCAAGGGUUUAUAUAUUUUGUUUAGACAUUUUGUACAAUAUGAAGAUUUAAUAAACUUUGGGAGGUUUGUUUGAUAGCAUAAUCUUUCUAUGGUACUGACUUGUACAAAUUGUAACCACUAUCAUUUAUAUCACCAUAGUGUUGAAUGAAUUUAAUGAAUUAACAAUACCAUUUUGAAAGCAGUUUCUUCUUUUUUUGCCUAAAGUGCUAACUUUACAAACAACAUUAUUUACUUCAGUGGCACACAUUGGAAUCCCACCCUCCCCUUGUAAAUGGAGGUAGAUGACCACUAGAGGGUGGUAGUGUAACUUUGCGUCUCCGAUGGUCUAAUUUAAUUCCCAGUGAGCAGACUCUCAUUCUCUUAACAGGAAUAGCAGGUUUCAGCUAAAUUACGUUUUAAUUUGAGAGAGUUGUGGUGAAUUGGGAUUGUGCAGCAGAGCAUCAUGGGGGAUGUAUGUGUUGAGAUGAUCACGUUCUAUAUAAAUGUUUGAACUGAAUUUCUGUCUUCCGUCUCAUCAUUAUUGAAUUGUUUUUAAAGACGUAGUUAUGAAACCCAUGAGACAAAACAAAAGAUCUGUACCUACAGUUUUUACAAGUUUAACAUUUUCCGUGGUACAAGGUGGUGUAGUGCAAUUUUGUUUUAGGUGAAGGAACGGCAAUUUCUUUUAAUGACAUUUCCUUAAAGUUGAAUAAGCCUUUCAUGAUAUACCAAACAAAAAUAUAAAAGCAACAUGUAAAGUUUUGAUCCCAUGUUUCAUGAGCUGAAAUAAAAGAUCCCAGAAAUGUUU